GAGGAGGAGGAGGAUGAGCUCCGUCCCCCCAGCGCUCGCCAGGCUCCAUGUCCUGCUCAGCACAGACACCAUCAUCCUCACCGCAUGGGAAUGAAGGAGCAGCCUCUGGGGUGCCAAGUCAGGAAAGGGGGAUUUAAUCUCUGGAGCAAAUGAAGAGACUCUGAAGAGAUUCCUCUUUGCUGUCGACUGUUCGGGGGAGGAUUUUCCAGCAUGCAAGGCGCAGGGGAGGGGAAGGAGGAUGAAGAGCUGGAGGCUCCGGAGGCUCCGUCAGCUGGGAAGAGCCGAGGCACAGCAGCAGCCGGAGGGUGGGCGUGGGGAGUGGUGCUUCACUUCUUCCUGGUCAAUGUGCUCGUGAUGGGGAUGCUGAAGACCUUUGGGAUUUUCUUCGUGGCUUUCCGGGAGGAGAUGGGGGGAUCUUCGGAGCAGGUCAGCUGGAUCGGCUCCAUCAUGUCCUCCCUGCGCUUCCUGGGAGCCCCGCUGGUGGCCGUGGUGUGCCAGCGCCUGGGAGAGCGGCCAACCUCCAUCCUCGGGGCCGGGCUGGUGGCCGGGGGCUGCCUGCUCAGCACUCAGGCCACCAGUGUCCCCUUCCUCUGCUUCUCCAUGGGAUUCCUGCUGGGGAUGGGGUUUGCCUGCCUGUACCAGGCGGCCGCGGUGAUGACGGCCAAGCGCUGCCGGGCUCGCCUGGCCUUCUGCAACGCCCUGGCCCGCUCUGGGAUGGGGCUGACCUUCCUGAUGGCUCCCUUCACUCAGCUCCUCAUCGAGGCCUACGGCUGGCAAGGUACUCUGCUGAUUUUUGGAGGCAUCAUGCUGAACCUGGUGCCUUCCAGCAUGUUGCUGAGGCCCGUCAGCCCCCAGCCCCCUUGGGAAUCUGCCAAAAAUCAACACCGGGGCUCUUCAGUGGCAAAGAAGGAUCCAGGAACUCCUGGUGGAUGUUCAGAUGGAAGCACUCACAGGGAGUUACAGCUUCUCCGUGCACAGGAGGCUCCCAGCACAGAGAAACUCGUGGUGCCCCAUGGCAGAGAUGUCUCUGACCCAGCAAAUCCAUCUGCCUUGGGAAGGCUGCAGAAACCCACCCCGGAGAGCUCCUCCUCAGAAACACCCACCGAGGCCGAGGGAAGCCACAAACCCCUCGCAGCCACCAAAAAGGAACCUUCUCAGCCUCUCCUGGACUUCUCCCCACUGAAGGAUCCCGUUUUCUUCGUUUUCACCUGGUCUUUCCUGUUCAGCCACUUGGCCUAUUUCGUGCCCUUCUUCCACCUGGUGGCGAGAGCCAGGACGCUGGGCAUGAGCAGCAGGGACGGCUCCUACCUCAUCGCCGUGGCUGGCAUCACGGAGCUGCUGAGCCAGCUGCUCUCGGGCUGGCUGGCCGACCACAGCUGGAGCAAGAAGCAUUUCCACGUCACCUACCUGCUGCUCAGCGGGGUCACCAACCUGCUGGGGCCCCUGGCCACCACCUUCCCUCUGCUGCUCGCCUACACCGUGGCCUUUGCCACCUUCUGUGGAGGCUUCAUGGCGCUGGUGCUGCCCGUGCUGGUGGAUCUGGUGGGUGUGGAAAAGCUCCACAGCUACCUGGGGUUUGCUGCUUUCUUUGCAGGGAUAGCAGCUAUGGGAGGACCCCCUUUAGCAGGGUGGCUCUAUGACUACACCCAGACCUACGUCUGCUCCUUCCUCUUUGCUGGAGCCUGUGCUCUCAUCUCACCUAUCUCCUUCUUCUUCGAGCCCGCAGCCCAAAAAUGGAAGCUAAAAAAAGCCACUUUGAACAAGAGCUAAAGUUUUAAAGGCUGGGCUUUGAUCACAUCUACACUGGGAAAGCCAUUGCCUGUACUGGGAAGGAUCAACAGCAGCAACACUGAAAAUUGGGAUUUUUGGAUGUCAGAUUCAGUUUGGAUUCCUGGAUAUUUGUCCUGAUUAAAGCCAUCUGAGAAAUG